AUGCGUCGCAGUACCAUCCCUCCGCGGUCUGGCAAGCCCGAGGCCGCCAUGCGCGCACCCGAGCCGCCGAAGCGCAAGAUAUUCAACUGCAUCGUCGAUGAUACCGCCUUGAUCGCAGGCGUCAAGAAGAGCACCCGCGACGGCAUCCGCAAGUGGAUAGCACAGGACGCCAUACGCCUUUAUGUACCGCUGCACACCCUCACUCAGCUCCACCGCCUCAAGAAUGGCACCGAGCGCAUUAACGCCGAUGCCCGCGAAGCCGUCAAGUGGCUCGACGAAGUCACGUCCAACGAAGCUGCUAGCCGCGUUAUCCUCGAGGGCGUUGAUGAAGCAUAUACUACAUGGGGAGAGGUGGAGCAGUUUCUGCUUCCCGAGACAUUACUCUCAAUGGAGGAAAGUGAAUCCGACGAGGACGACUACCAUGAAGAUCUAGAAAGCUCCUUCAACGCUCUCGACAUGUCUGACGGCACAUCCAUCAGCUCUACGCAUAGCUUCGAGAACGUGUCCAAGACUCCCGAGUCGCCCCGCUCGCUUUCAAGCAAGGCAUCUAAGCCCGUCGAUGGCUCCACACAUGCCGACAAGGCAGCCACGCUCCUCAAGGCAUCCCCCGACCGUAACGCCCACAAUAGCACCGAGAUGGCUCGCGCCGAUAAGUCGACCAAGGGCUCUGUGCCCGUCUAUCUCCAGCCUCUCUUCAACCACAUCUUGUGGCGCAUCAACAAGGAGGGAAACCCUGAUGCAGCUCUGGAGUCCUUCAUCCUCCUCACUAACGACUCUGCGAAGCAGACGAUUGCUCAGAAGUUUGGCAUCCGCGCUAAGCGCCUUGAGCAGCUCCGAGAUGCUGUCGCUCGUGAAGACCGCGAAUACAAAAACCAUCUGACCAUCCACAAGAUAGAAGUAGAAGCAACCGCAGCAAAGGGCACCGCUCCAAUCGCACCCAAAGCGGCAGAGCGACCCAAGUCCAGCCCCGUAACCGAGAGCAAGCCCGUAGAUAACUCCGAUGACGAGGAUGAGGUGCUUUUCAAGCGCGCUCCACGAGGCCCCGCAUCUACUAAGAACAACCAACGCGUCUUCGAUCCGAACGAUUUCGCACGUACAAACCAGCAUCAAUCCCCUCGUGGUGGACGCGGAGGUCAUGUGCCGUCACCUCGAGGUCGCGGUGGACCAGCCUUCCGGGGUCGUGGAACCUUUGCACCGCGUGGCGCAUACGUCCCUCCAGGCCCAGUCUUCCGAGCUCCGCCAGCUCCUCGUCAUGAUCCAAAUGCGCCUCUCGACCCAGACUCCUUCUCGCGUCCUGCUCCCAAGGUCGGACCGGUCCGUGGUGGUGGCGGCAGGAGAAAGCUAUGGGAGCCGAACUAG